UAAUAAAUUAAUCAAUGAACGGGUGUCUGUUGUGAUUUCAUGUGUCAUAAAAAUUAUUUAUCAAAAUAAAGUAUUAUUUAUUAGAAUAAGCAGUAUAGGAGUGUAAAUUAGUGAUAAUGUCUCAAGGAAAAGUUGUUUUGAUGGCUUGCGGGAGUUUUAGCCCUCCGACAUACAUGCAUUUACGAAUGUUUGAAAUUGCCCGGGAUUACUUGCAUUCUUCAGGUUUGGCGAGUGUCGUUGGGGGUAUAGUGUCUCCAGUGCACGAUGCGUACGGGAAAAAAGAUCUAGUUGCAGCACAACACAGGAUAGCCAUGUUAAAGCUGGCUCUACGCUCGUCGUCCUGGAUCAAGGUGUCGGAGUGGGAGACGCAGCAGGCCGGCUGGACUAGGACCAGGCUGUCCAUGCAGUACCACCAGGAUACCCUCAACGGCUACAUAUCGUCGCUCUCAUCUCUCGACCCGGAUCCGCCAUCUUGGCUGCCAGACGACGUGCUAAACGUCAACAGCAUCGACGAGCCAGAUAACUUGAUGGACAAGCUACACAACGGGUUGACCAACCGGAUCACGAUCAAGCUGCUGUGUGGAGCGGACCUUUUGGAGUCGUUCGCUACGCCCGGGCUUUGGUCCGACGAGGAUCUGGAGACGAUAGUGGGGCGGCAUGGAUUGGUGGUGGUGUCGCGCGCCGGCAGCGACCCCGGCCGCUUCAUAUACGAGUCCGACAUGCUCUACAAACAUAGGGAUACCCUCAACGGCUACAUAUCAUCGCUCUCAUCUCUCGACCCAGACCCGCCAUCUUGGCUGCCAGAUGACGUGCUAAACGUCAACAGCAUCGACGAGCCGGAUAACCUGAUGGACAAGCUACACAACGGGUUGACCAACCGGAUCACGAUCAAGCUGCUGUGUGGAGCGGACCUUUUGGAGUCGUUCGCUACGCCCGGGCUUUGGUCCGACGAAGAUCUGGAGACGAUAGUGGGUCGGCAUGGAUUGGUGGUGGUGUCGCGCGCCGGCAGCGACCCCGGCCGGUUCAUAUACGAGUCCGACAUGCUCUACAAACACAGGAAUAACGUUACCCUAGUGACGAACUACAUAGCCAACGAAGUGAGCUCGACGGUCAUCCGCCGUCUAGUCCGCCGCGGGGAAAGCGCCAAGUACUUGACCGACGACGGUGUUCUUGGCUACGUACGUCGACACAGUCUAUAUGGAGCCACACCGCAUGACACUGAGUACAACCUAAUCAACGAUCUACUCGCGAAAUACGACAAGCGGUCGCCUCAAGACGUUCUAAUGGCCUCCCCCGAAGAAACCAGCUUCAAAAACAUCUUAAUAUCCAUCCGUGAUAAACCAACUAUAGUCGACGAAACGAUCACAGUCAAAAGGGCUCGGAAGACCAACUUCCUCAUGCCCAACUCCCACACAGAUUCAGUCAGCCCAGUAUUAGAUACUAUAAAACCCAAAAUGGCGUACAUCGACAAAGUUCCCGCGAGCUAUGUGCCAGGGAAAGCUGUCAAAAUCGUCAGCGAUGCUACACAACACGCUAUCAAGGACGAAAAGGUAAGUUUAGAGCCAACUUAUAGGUCUUUAGACAGCUAUCUGUCAAAGGACGACGCUGAUUUUGACAUUUACAAACGUCGAGUCAGCGAAAGCAACGUGGAAAAAAAUUUAAACAUCGAUAACGUUAUCAAGAAGCGAUGCUCAUCAACAAUAAGAAAACUGCGGCCAGAAGAUAUGAAAAAGAGUAAAUCUGAAGUGAGUAAACUAUGCGAUAAGGUAAAGAGCAUCAAACUUAAAGAUAGAGACUCGGGUAGAAAUUACAAAACUAGGAGUUGCAAUGAUAUUGUAAGGUUGAUUCUCACUAAACACGGCAUUCAUGUCAUAAGUGAUACUGAAGCUAUUGUUUAGACGUAGCUGAGCAUAGUAAAGCCUUGAUCACACGUACCGAGUAAACGGGCGAGACAGUAAAA